AUGACGGAGAAAAAGACAUCGCUCGAACAAAUCGAGAAAAUCGAUACGAACAUUACAGACCAAAAUGAUGGAGAGCCUCGCUCAGAGAAGGGCGUUCAGCUCGACUACUCUGGAUCACACAAGAAGACAUCCCCGGAGGAAAUAAAACUUGUGAAGAAGUUGGAUCUGUGGAUCAUGCCCACCUUAUGGCUGAUGUUCUGGCUCAACUAUUUGGAUCGUAAUGCCAUUGCUCUCGCUAGGCUCAACCACCUAGAAAAGGACCUUAAUCUUAAAGGCACUGAGUACCAGUCUUGCGUCUCUAUCCUGUUUGUUGGCUAUAUUUUAGCCCAGGUUCCAUCGAACAUGUUGCUGACUCGUGUACGGCCAUCAUGGUGGAUGAGCUCUUGGAUGGCAGUCUGGGCGAUAGUAUCUGCCUUGACUGCACUCGCACAUAACUACACCACCUUGUUGCUUACGCGAUUCUUCCUGGGUCUGACCGAAGCCCCCUACUACCCUGGCGCUCUGUAUCUACUUUCUACUUUCUAUACUCGCAAGGAAGUAGCAACUCGGAUCUCUAUCUUAUACACAGGUAAUAUCCUCGCUACGGCUCUGGCAGGACUUAUCGCGGCAGGCAUCUUUCACGGCAUGGAUGGGGCAGCUGGGCUUGCAGGUUGGAAAUGGCUUUUCAUCCUGCAAGGCGCCGUCACUUUUGUCGUCGCUUUGGGUGCUGUCUUCACCCUUCCCGAUAACCCACUCACCACUCGUUGGUUGACUGAGAAUGAGCGACAGCUGGCUCACGAUCGUAUCGCCCGUGAGACUGUUGGCAAACGCGAGAAGUCCUCUACCUUCGCAGGCUUGAAGGAAGCUGCCUUAGACUACCGUGUCUGGGUCUUCGCCUUCAUGCAGCACAUGCACCUGGCCGCAAAUGGAUUCAAGAACUUCUUUCCUAGCGUGGUUGAAACCCUCGGCUUCAAUACUACGAUCACCCUAGUUCUCACCUGUCCUCCAUACCUCGUCGCAGGAGGUAUCUCCAUUCUCUGGUCGAUAUCCUCUGGCAAAUACAAUGAGCGGACGUGGCAUAUCACGGUGGCUAAAUUGAUAGCCAUUGCAGGUUUUGUGAUUGGAUGUGCGACGCUCAAUACUGGAGUCCGAUACUUUGCGAUGUUUGUUUUCACGAUUGGCACAUACGCUGUCAAUAGUAUUAUUCUUGGCUGGGUUGGCAGUACCUGCGGACAGACGCAGGAGAAAAAGGCUUCAGCCUACAGCAUUGUCAAUUCAAUUGCUAACAUCAGCUUCAUAUGGACUCCGUACCUUUGGCCAAAGAGUGACGAGCCACGCUACGCAAUUGCGAUGGGGUCCAGCGCCGGUUUUUCGUUCGCAACCAUGGCUGCCGCUUGGGGUAUGAAGUUGUACCUGAAGAGAAUGAAUCGUAAGAUGAGGCAAAACGAUGAUGAGAGAACGCUAUUCUAUGUUUACUAA